AAGAAGCUUUCGUCGACGCUGUUUUUUCGCAUUGGCUUUCUUUUUGCCCGUUGGCUCUGUCGCUUGUAGUUACCUACUUAGCUUUUAAUUUUAUCAUCUUCUUCGCUUGUCCUUAUCGAAAGGCAAAGCGCUUUAUCUUAUGCCUUCCGGCUGCAACUGCUGUUCGCGGUGGCGACGGCAGGGAGACGAUGAAGAUGCGGCAAUUGCUAUCCUGAGGAAAAAUGUCCCCACCCCAGGGCUGUCAUGCAAAUCUGCAUGCCAAAAAAGUAAAAGUUUCUCAUGCGGAGCCCCAUGAGAGCCAUUUUCUAGUCCUGUUUUGGGAUUUGUGAUGCUAGAAUCAGCAUGAUGUGCUAGAUCUGUGAUGCUUCGGAACUAGCUAAAUAGAAUCACACUACGAGGAUAAACUUGUCAUGCGAAACAACCAAAGGUGGCUGAUUUGUCUAGCGGAUUUCCCAUCUUGACUCUGGUGUGGGUACGUUUUUACUCAGGAUAAUUGCGCGCAAGGAAGCGGAGGACGACGAGAGCGAGCUGUCGGAGGACUUGGACUCCGACGCGGAGGACGAUUCGCCCGGCUCGCAGAAAACGGCGGACCGCGGAAAUCGCACCACCCCGGAUUUUUUUCUCGAAAGCUGGCUGAAGGAUGAAAAAAGGCUCCCACGCGACCUGCAGGGCCGUGUUCCCGAGGCGAUCCUGGAAGAAUUCAAAAACGGUGGUAGCAGUAGUGUCAAAACAUCACCAGCAGCUGCAGCUUCUGAUAGAGCAGGUACAACUUCUGCCCACGACCCAGUGGAUCUUCACAGAAGUAGCGGGGCAGCAGUAAAAGACGUAGAAUUAUCGGCCGUCGAAUUCUUCUACGAAAACUGCAGCCACUUCGGGAAUUUCGAGCGCGGGCAGUUCACGGAGUGGAUGCGGGCGGAGCUGCAGGAGAAGAUUGGGCGAGAAAACAACAAGCAAGCGGCGAAACUGCACAAAUUUUUCGAGCAGUAUUUUGCGAGCGGAAAAAUUCUCGACCUGGUCGACGCCGAGCGCCGUUCGUGGCUGCGGCGUCGGAACAAGGCGAAAAGGAAGGCCUCGCGCGAGAGCGGCACGAGUGAUGUCUCUAGUCGAAUGAAGCGGAAGAACAAAGUGGUCCAUUUCGACGACGAGACCAUGGUGAGCAAGGGGUCGACGCCCCCGCCAGUCGAACUUGACGACGUGAAUGCGGACAUUCGCGGGGUGAGCGGAACCUCGUCUCUGACGCUUGGCUCCUCCGGAGGUGGCAGCUUGACGGAGGAAUUUGUGGACGCGCUUGCGGAACAUGAUCAACAAAGCGCCUUUCAACAUCAAAGAAUUGCAUUACCUGUCAGCUCCGCGGAGAACAGUACAGCAUCCACGCCAGUGCCCGUCGGCGCCGCCGGAAUUUUGGUCGGGACGGGCAAGGCGAUGAGUUCCAAAGACGCGUUUUUCGUCGAAGAUAGCACGGUGGACGAGGAGAUGAAGGUACUAAAAAUCGAUCCUGACGUAUCCAAGAAAAAAACGUUGUUAGUGUAAAUUUGUGAUGCGCAACAUGCAAAGUGAUUGCGUCUGUCAUGCUUGGCAUGCGUUGUAGGGUCCAUUAAAGGACGUUUUCGCGUACUAUCUGCGCAUGACAGGUUUUUGCUGUCAUGCCAGACAGAUUUGUAAUGCUGUUCCUCCAAAAAAGUUACACCUACAAUGUUUUUUCUUUGGAUAUGACGAACAGGAGGUGAAGGAAUUGUGUGCCUGUUGGGUGCUGGAAUACCUGCUUCUCUACAAUAACGGCGCGGAUCAGGGCGUGCACCGCUUCCUCGAGUUCUACGACUGGCAUUUCGAAAAAGCGGCAAUCGCCAUGGCGGAAGCGGUCGUCAGCCGGUUUGUGUCGUUGUUUCGUGUGCACUUACGCGGAGAUUUGUGCUGGCCGAAAAAUGCGUUUGCAGGUGGAGCGAGCUCUUUCCAAAAUACUUUGGAACAAGGACAAGCCACGAAUUAUUUUGCACCAUCUUCAUCGGGUUCGUCGUCUAUCGUCGGCUCCGCGGAUCCGCGUUGCGAAUUCCGCGUCCGCGCGGUUUUGCGACAGUCGUUUUCGAAGUUGCAGGCAGUUGUCGCUUCUCAACCGUACGAGGAACACCAGCGCAGUUUGAAGACUCUGGUGCGCGCGCACCAGGACAAAUUGAAAAAGAAGAAAGGCGCCAUCGUAUCAAAAGGAAAAAUCCCCCCUCCCCAUAUCGAAAACGAAAUUUGUGAUGCUGUAUUUGAGUACACAAAUCGACUUGUAAUGCUAGAAGGCCAAGAGACGCAGACGCAGCUGUGGCCUCGUUUGCAGGCAAUUUGUCAUGCUGUUUCCCACUUCCAGCUGCCCCCUGUCAUGCUGAAGGUGCAAGGCUUUCCCACGCCAACCAGCACUACAGUCCGCAUCUUUUCCCCUGUAUGACAAAGCUGAUUUGUGACCACAAAUCUGCAUCGCAAAUUUCUAGUUUGAGUAUGGGAUGGGGAAACUUUUCAUUUUGAUGCAUCGAUUUGUCCGCUGAGCAGAAGCAGCUGGAGAUCUUCUCAAGCGAGGACCAACCUCUCCUCUUUGCGUCGGCUAACGACCGGUGGGCGCCGAAGACACCACCCUUGCCGACACGGGUGAUGGAGUCCUUCACCGUGAUUGACGUCAUUUUUCGGCGAGGGCUGUUCCCCUUGUAUUCCGAUGUGCUUCGCCACUGCUCAGAGCAGCGGUGGCGCGAGCAAACGCUUGGGACAUCAUCAAAUGAAAACAGCAAGAGACAAAACAGCAAGGAACUAGGUGGUGUAACUACUACAGCAACUGCCAUCGCCGUGGACGGGGGCCCGAACGGCCUCCCUUCCUCCUUCCGCACCGGCCGCGGCGAACCGGUGUCGUACAUGCACGCGGGGAGUUUUUUGGCCACCCUGGCCGAGUCUUUCCGCGCCUGCUCGGACCGGCAGCUGGGCGGAGCGCUGAUCUGCUACUUGAUGCGCAGGGAGGAGCUGAUGCGGGAGUGUGGUGUGGACGGGGAGGUGAUCUUCAUCAACUGCGCUGGGAUAUCAGUGCUGAACGUGGCGAGAAACUUGCAACUGGUGAAGCGUCUGAACGCGAUUUCCGUGGAUUUGUGCAGUCGACACUUUAUGGGCGGCUUAAGACACAUGGUCAUGUUCAAUAUGCCGGUGGCGGCCCACGUGGCGUGGCAAAUCUUCGCGCUACGGAUGAACGCGGAAACGCUGCGGACCAAGGUGUCCAUCUCCAUGUACCCGCCCACGCCGGAACUCAUGAAGUCCCUGCACGUCCAACCCGCGCUGUUUCGAACCCUGGAGACACUCUGCAAAGCGGAUCUCGCUGCACGAAAUGUAGCGGACAGGACAGGCAGUAAAACAUGAUAUGGACAAAGCAACUACACUUAAUCCAAAGGCACCGCAGUGAAAUUGCGCUAUUACUUCCGAAGACCAGUCUUGUAUGUUGUCUUGUACGAUGAAAAUCAAUGCAAUUGACUGCGUUCUCCUGUGGACACCGAGCGAGGUCUCGAACGGUGCUCGAU